AUGGAGGAAAACCCAGAGCUUCUCCAGAAUGGAGACUGGAACGGGGAAAAUCGUCAAGUGCAAGCGGUGCCUGUUUUCCUCAUCCACGACGGCGGUGGUACAACCUUUGCCUAUCAUUGCUUAGAUCCUCUGGCUCGGCCAGCCUACGGCAUUUUCAACCCUUAUUUUCGCAACGGAGGGAGAUUCGAAGGCGGUAUCCGUGGAAUGGGGCGCCUCUACGCUGGCAUCAUCAGACGGACCUGUGCUGAGUCUGACUUCCCGGCCCAGCGCAACUCCGAUGGGAGUGUGAAUAUUCUCAUCGGCGGCUGGAGCAUGGGAGGACUGCUGAGUCUCGAGAUCGCCAAGGUCUUGACAGGGGAUUGUGGCGUCAGGAUCAUCGGCGUGUUGAUGAUGGAUAGUAUAUAUUCUGUCAAUCCGCCGUCAGUUCGUCUGGAAGCGUUGGACCACUUAGGUCUGGGCAAGUCAAAGAACGAGUUCCUGUCCCUGAAAGCCAUGAAGGAGGCACUGCGGGUAAUUCAGGAGUGGGAACCGCCCGUCUGGGCUGGCGACCAAGUCGCAAAACGGCCACGAAUUUCGUUGCUGCGAGCCCUCGACCACAUACCGACAGGAAGCGACCGCGUGCAUGUUGCGGACAUUUACCGAAACGACCGAACUCUAGGAUGGGACCAAUACGAUAUGGGUAUGUUCACAGACAUUGUGAGCGUGCCAGGUAAUCAUUUUGAGAUGUUUUCAUUUCAACACAUUCCAGAGAUUUCAAAAACCAUCAAGAGAUGCUUGGAUAAAUUGGAGAUGCUGGGUUCUAUAUCCCAUUAA